AUGAGUCUCACACCUGCGAAUCGCAUGCGUCUCGGAACGCGAAGCUGCGCCGAGUGUCGACGCCGAAAGGUCCGUUGCGUAUUCUUGCCCCACCGCAAGGGAUGUGAGAGCUGCGCAACCCACGGCACACCUUGCAGAACUCAACAACCUAAGCGACGGCCUGCAGUUUCUCUGCAACGAUCCGAAGAGCUCGGGGGUGCAUUCCGUCAGUUGCCUGAUAUCGCCCAGUUGGGCAGGAGCUCUUUCCCGGACUCUCACUCGUCUCCCUCCUACCUCUCCACAGCAUCUUCGGAUGGCGCACAGCUCCACGCCGCUCUCGACCCUUCGGAUGAGGGAAUAGGGCAUCUUGAGAGUGUACCGCUGAUUAACCUCUUUAGAGAUGCCAGGCUAAUCCAGAGUAUCGACGGGUCGCCACACAAGUCGGUUCCUACCGCUGGCUUGGAUGUACGUGUGCAAGACGCUACCCGGUUGCUCAUGGACUCUGUCCCCAGCCAGCCAACGUUACGGUUGAUACUCUCAGAGACCAACCGAUAUUGGCUCACUUGGCCUUUGUGCUAUUAUGGCAGCGACACAUCCGAUUUCCUUCAGCCUGAUCGGGUAAACAUUGCUCAAGACUUCAUCUCCUCAGCGUUAACCUCUCUCAACCCGAGCUUGGUUGCAAAAGCCCUUUUGUUUCUCUGUCUGUGCAUCCAACAGCUCGCGAAGCAAUGUCGAGCACGCUCGCUGUUACCAGACAGAGUCCACUCGCUGGUCGAAUCUUACAUCAGCAUCGCCUCCACAUUGCUGUCCAUAGACUCCGAGCACGGGGGAAGCAUUGACGCACUAGAGUCACGCAUGUUCUUGCUCAAGAUCUGCGUGACCACGGGCAAGCCACGAAAGGCAUGGACCACUGGAAGAAGCGCACUGGAGGCAGCCUUACUCCUUGGCUUGCACCGUAUUGACCAACAGUCUACGGAUCGCAAGAAGAAACUUUGGCGAUUGAUUUGGCAGUCUGACCGACACUUGUCUUUGCUUCUUGGACUGCCCUGCGCUAUUUCUAAUACGCAUCCAGGAGUCAGGAACAAACUUGGUGGGGAGUCCAUCAUCGAACAGAUCCUGUAUGAGUGCAGCUUCUUGGCUGGCGCGGUUGCCGAGAGGGACCAAGAAUUUGGCAUGGCGGAUUAUGCAGUAACGGUAGAGCUCGACCGACGACUGCAACAGCUACAAUAUUUGUUUCCCCCUUCCUGGUUUCACUCCACGACGGACCAAGAGAUUUCUGUCGAUAUGCACUAUUACAUACAGAUUGCGAUGCUGCAAUACUUCCUUCUGUCGAAGCACAUCCAUCUCCCGUAUAUGCUGAAAUCUACCGCAGAGCCCAGAUUCCUGCCCAGUCGGAUAUCAACUAUGGCAGCAUCACGAAGCAUCAUCCAGGCUUACCAUCAGUUACGUGACGAUCACCGAACCAAAUCUAUCAUCUGCGAGCUCAUGGACUUUGAAGCUUUUAGCGCCGCGGUUACGCUCAUUAUCGGCAUCUUUUCCGAGUCCAAAGGUGGCCUCCGCAACUACGCACAGGCAGCGGGAGACUGGGCUAUUGUGAGAACUUGUGUCCAAACGCUGAGGCGCACAGAACAGCUUCUUGAAUGUUCCAUCGCCCGUCAAGGAGCGCAACUGCUGGAGUACCUCAGCAUGGCUUGGGAAGGCAACGGCGAUGCUCCUGAGAGAUUUGAGAGCAUAAUACCUUUCUUCGGUAAAAUCAAGAUCAACCGAGCGGCUGUGGCAAGGACUCAGGAAUGGGAGAGCGGGAGAAUGUAUCCGAUGGACGACGUCUCAAUGAAUCCGCCUACAAAUGCGAGGGAUUCCAGUUUGUGCUACCAUGACUCAGGUUCGCAGUUAUUAUGGGAAAAUACGAUAGAGUUCAGCGCCAAUCCUUCAUGUUUUGACUACGGUGCAGACUUAGGUGGUAACUGGCAAGACCCAGUUUGUUUCGGAGCAGCGUACGAGUGGACUCAGUCUUUCAGUCAUGUUGAGACGACGGAUACAGUUGCUGGUGACAUGCGAGAUUGGACUUCGACAUCAGCUCCAUGA